GCGGGCGGCACAAAGCGGGGCGCAGCCUGCGCGCCGGAGCCAGCCGCGACCGGGGGAGGGGCAGGCGGCGUCAGCCUGGGUGGCGGCAUAGGCGCCAGGGGCGCCGUCCCCGGGACCUGGCCGCGCGCCGCCGCGCCCUCUGAGCCCCGCUUCCAGACCCUCCUGCAGCUCUGCCCGGGCCCCGCGCCACAGCCGGCGCUUGUGCGGCCGCGUCUCCGGGCUGCGCCUGGGUUCCCCCGGGAGCCUGUGCGCGCUGAGGGCUGGGAGGGAGCGCAGCCGCCACCCCGGCCUCGGGCACAUCUCCUGGCUUUGAUUUGGCAGCAGGAACUCAUGCCAUGGAGCUGCGCGCAUGCCUGGAUUUGGGCGACCCAGUGAAAAGAGUACAAAUUGCAGCCUGUGUCUGAGUACAAGUUUGGAUGCUGACAUGCUGCCCAUUUCACCCGUGCCCUCGUGUGACUGCUGACAGUCCCUGCCUGCAUCCUGUUGGUGCUCCCAAGGGCCUGGAGUGGACCUGGCUGCACAAGCCAGCAUGGCUGGCAUGGGCUCCACUGUAGUGGUCUGCAGGGUGGCGCUGGGCUUGCUGCUGGCCUCUCUGGCUGGUUCUUCCUCACUGAACGGCGAGUGCCCGCAGCUUUGUGUCUGUGAGAUCCGCCCCUGGUUUACCCCCCAGUCGACCUACCGAGAAGCCACCACGGUUGACUGCAAUGACCUCCGCUUAAGCAGAAUCCCCAGCAACCUCUCCACCGACACGCAGGUGCUGCUCCUGCAGAGCAACAACAUCGCGAAGACGGUGGAUGAGCUGCAGCAGCUCUUCAAUCUGACCGAGCUGGACUUCUCCCAGAACAACUUCACCAACAUCAAGGAGGUGGGGUUGGCCAACCUGACCCAGCUUACCACACUGCACCUGGAAGAGAACCAGAUCGCCGAGAUGACGGAUUACUGCCUGCAGGACCUCGCCAACCUCCAGGAGCUCUACAUCAACCACAACCAGAUCAGCACCAUUUCCGCUAACGCCUUCUCAGGCUUGAGAAAUCUCCUGAGGCUCCACCUGAACUCCAACAAACUCAGAGUCAUCGACAGCCGCUGGUUUGACUCGACACCAAAGCUGGAGAUCCUCAUGAUUGGGGAAAACCCUGUGAUCGGCAUCCUAGAUAUGAACUUCAAACCCCUCUCGAACCUGAGGAGUUUAGUACUGGCGGGGAUGUAUCUCACCGACAUCCCCGGCAAUGCCUUGGUGGGCUUAGACAGCCUGGAGAGCCUGUCUUUUUACGACAACAAACUCAUCAAAGUCCCCCAGCUUGCCCUGCAGAAAGUUCCAAACCUGAAAUUCUUAGACCUCAACAAAAACCCCAUUCACAAAAUCCAAGAAGGAGACUUCAAGAACAUGCUGCGGUUGAAAGAGCUGGGCAUCAACAACAUGGGGGAGCUGGUGUCUGUGGACCGUUAUGCCCUGGACAACCUGCCGGAGCUCACCAAGCUGGAGGCCACCAACAACCCCAAGCUCUCCUACAUCCACCGCUCGGCGUUCCGAAGUGUGCCUGCCCUGGAAAGCCUGAUGCUCAACAACAAUGCCCUGAAUGCCGUUUACCAAAAGACGGUGGAGUCUCUCCCCAACCUGCGAGAGCUCAGCAUCCACAGCAACCCCCUGAGGUGUGACUGCGUCACCCACUGGAUCAACUCCAACAAGACCAACAUCCGCUUCAUGGAGCCUCUGUCCAUGUUCUGUGCCAUGCCCCCCGAAUACAGAGGGCAGCAGGUGAAGGAGGUCUUAAUCCAGGACGCAGGGGAGCAGUGCCUGCCCAUGAUCUCUCACGACUCGUUCCCCAACCACUUAAACAUGGAUGUCGGCACCACGGUCUUCCUAGACUGCCGGGCCAUGGCUGAGCCAGAGCCUGAGAUUUACUGGGUCACUCCCGUAGGCAGUAAGGUAACUGUGGAAACACUUUCGGAUAAAUACAGGCUGAGUAGCGAAGGCACCUUAGAAAUAGCUAACAUACAGAUUGAAGACUCGGGGAGAUACACGUGUGUUGCCCAGAACAUCCAAGGGGCAGACACUAGAGUGGCGACGAUUAAGGUUAACGGGACCCUUCUGGAUGGCACUCAGGUGCUGAAAAUCUACGUCAAGCAGACGGAAUCUCACUCCAUUUUGGUGUCCUGGAAAGUUAAUUCCAAUGUCAUGACGUCCAACUUGAAGUGGUCCUCUGCCACCAUGAAGAUUGACAACCCCCACAUAACGUACACGGCCAGGGUCCCGGUGGACGUGCAUGAGUACAACCUGACGCACCUGCAGCCUUCCACGGACUACGAAGUGUGUCUCACGGUAUCCAACAUCCAUCAGCAGACUCAGAAGUCGUGUGUGAACGUCACGACCAAAACUGCCGCCUUCGCACUGGACAUCUCUGACCAAGACGCCAGUACAGCCCUCGCUGCAGUCAUGGGAUCCAUGUUUGCCGUCAUCAGCCUCACGUCCAUCGCUGUGUGCACUGCCAAGCGGUUCAAGAGGAAAAACUACCACCACUCAUUAAAGAAGUACAUGCAGAAGACUUCCUCUAUCCCACUCAACGAACUGUACCCACCGCUCAUUAACCUCUGGGAGGGAGACAGCGAGAAGGACAAGGAGGGCUCCGCAGAGCCCAAGCCUGUGCAGGUGGACACGUCCAGAAGCUACUACAUGUGGUGACCCCCCACAACCGGGCGUUCUGCUUCUGGUAGGAAGGAGCACAAAGACGUUUUUGCUUUAUUAUGCAAAAGUAAUAAGUUGAAGACUUUUGUAUUUUUGACUUUGCUAGUUCGUGGCAGAGUGGAGAGGACGGGUGGAUGUUCUGGAUUUUUAUUAUUACUAUUAUGAUUAUGAUUAUUAUUAUUAUAGCGCAUUGCAAGGGUUUGGCACAGCCGGCAGCAACU